GCCAAAUUGCUGUAACUUAUUGGACUGGAUUCGCGAUGUCAGACGUGGACAAUAGCAAAAUGGCAGAAAAUAAGCCGGUGGUGCUGGUCGAGCUGCAUAACAAGGAUGACACAAUUAUUGUGGAAAAGUCAAUCGCCAAUCGUAUAGUGCUAGGAAAUGAAUUGAUCAAAAAUGAGCAUGUGUACUUUCCGGACACAGGUUCUGCGGCUUUGCGAAAGCUUAUUUUGUGGACGUGCUACCAUAAGAAUGAAACCCAACCAAGACCCGACGAGGAUCGCAGCGAUUGGUACCGCCUUUUUUUCGAUAUGGAUCUAGACGUUCUCAAUGAACUGGUGAAGGCUGCCGACGCUUUCGGCAUAAUAUCUCUGUCCGAGUAUAUCCAGCGCCAUGAUGCUCGUGAAUAA